GAAAAAGAAAAAGAAAAAUGAAAAAAUAAAGUAGAGAGAGAGAGAGAGAAGCCGCUCCGGUAUUCUCUUCCUUCCCUCCCAUUUCGGAUCUCCCUUUCCUUAAUCGGGGAACCACAAUUUUAUCUCUCUAGAUCAUUGUUUUCAUGGUGUAUAGGUGGAUUUCACUUUUUCUCAUUCGUGGCUUAAAUCUUCCAGAUUUCGAAUCGGUUUGAUCAAUUCAACAUCGAAUUUAAGGAUGCAAAUUUAUUAAUCAAGUGGUUUGAUGGAAACAAGAAUAAGCGUAGGAGAUAACUAGGAAUUAGUAUGACUAGUGUUGGUGUUAGUCUGAGUGCUUGUUUAUCUUUUUAAAUUUUGGGUGGUGUUUUAAUUGGGGGAAAGUGAUGUUUAACAAAAUAAUGAAAAGAGGGCAACGAAAGCCCUCAAAAUCAGAAGCAAUUGAGCCUCCUAUACCGAGUACAGCAGCUCCGGAUGUGACUGUGAAUCAUGCGUCCAGAUUGCCGGCUGCUCCACCACAGGCCCCCGCCCAUGUGCCUGUCCCACAAAACCCUGGAGUAGUCGAGGUCUUGCCCAUGUUGAAGGAUGUUCCAUUGUCAGACCGACAUGUAGUGUUCAUCCGGAAACUUCAGAACUGUUGCAUUAUGUUUGAUUUUUCGGAUACGAUGAAGUCUGCUCGUGAGAAGGAGAUCAAGAGACAAACCCUUGCAGAGCUUGUUGAUUUGGUGCAGUCAGGGUCUUGUAAGAUGAAUGAGAUAAUGCAGGAAGAGUUGGUUAAGAUGAUAUCUGCCAAUAUUUUCCGAUGUUUGCCACCUUCACAGCAUGGUACGGUAAUGGAGGGUGUAGAUCCAGAGGAGGAUGAGAUGUUCAUGGAUCCUGUGUGGCCUCACUUACAACUUGUAUAUGAGUUACUUUUGAGAUAUGUGGUUUCAUCUGAUACAGACAAUAAGGUUGCGAAGAAAUAUCUUGAUCACUCAUUUGUGUUGAAAUUGCUCGAUUUGUUUGAUUCAGAAGAUAUGAGAGAGCGUGAGUACUUGAAGACUAUUCUUCAUCGAAUAUAUGGGAGAUUUAUGGUUCAUCGACCCUUCAUAAGGAAUGCAAUAAACAACAUUUUUUAUCGAUUUUUAUUUGAGACAGAGAGGUACUGUGGAAUUGGUGAGCUAUUAGAGAUUCUUGGAAGUAUUAUAAAUGGAUUUGCACUGCCAAUGAAAGAAGAGCACAAGUUGUUCCUUGUACGAGCACUUAUUCCACUUCACAAGGCUAAAUGUGUUGCAUCAUAUCAUCAGCAGUUGUCCUAUUGUAUAACCCAAUUUGUUGCAAAAGAUUACAGGUUGGCUGAUAUUGUCAUUCGGGGUAUGCUAAAGUACUGGCCAGUUACAAAUUGUGGUAAGGAGGUUCUCUUCCUUGGAGAAUUAGAAGAAAUAUUGGAGGUUACGCAGUCUGCAGAAUUCCAAUGCUGCAUGGUUCCUCUGUUUAGACAAAUUGGACGAUGCCUCAACAGCUUGCAUUUCCAGGUGGCGGAAAGGGCUCUUUUCUGGUGGAACAAUGAACACAUAGUGAGGCUGAUUGCAGAGAACCGACAUGUUAUCCUACCGAUAAUAUUUGAUGCAUUAGAAAAGAAUACACAAGGUCACUGGAAUCAGGCAAUCCUCGGUCUGAGCUCCAAUGUCCGAAAAAUGUUCCUGGAGAUGGAUACUGAACUGUUCGAGAAGUGUCAGAGACAGUAUGAGGAAAUGGAAGCAGGGGUUGGAGUACGAGAAGAGCAUCGUGAGUUGGCAUGGAAGAGAAUAGAAGAAGUUGCUACUCAGAUCUAGUGAUCUUUGGUGAUUUAUGAAGCCUAGUUCUCCCUCCCUCGUUAGAUGCUCUCUCUUUUUGCGAAGAUAUUGAGCUCCUAUCAAAGAAAUAGGAGUGAUAUAACUUUUGGGCUUGGUGGAGCUAUGUUGGUCUAAUGCUCGAGGAUCUUCCCUUUUUUCAUCCAUUUGCUGCUUUAUUAUCAUCCCAAAAGGGAAGAGGUAUGACUUAUCCAAAGGAAAGCUGGAAAGGAAGAUAAAAAGCCCGGUAAAAGAGGAGGUAAUGAUCCAGUUACACUUUUCCGUUCAUUUUUUCUUUUUUCGUCGCAAGAAGUGGGUGUAUCUUCCAUCUUUUCAAUUUUUGGUCUUCUUAGUAAUAAUAUUAGUAGUUGUAAUCAAGAUGAGUUUUGUUAUCCAAGUUACUUCAAGAGCUACAUGUGAAUAUCCAUUUCAUUCUUAUUUAGAGAAAGAGACGAAUGUUGAUAUGUUCUCUUUCUGGUAGUACUUUCCUGUGUGACAAUUGGUUAUUUCUUUUUAUUGGUAUUUGUGAAAGCUUGGUUA